ACUCUGUCAAAACGAUCGGUUUGGUUUGUUGUCAAUGGAGUUGUUUGUUUAUUUUUGUAGCGUUGGAAAUUUAUUCUGCUUGUGGUGCCGUUCGUUGCGAAAUAAAAGCAUGGAUCUGGACGGUAACAACGAUUUUGAAGAAAUAAACGCCGAGUAUAUCGAGAGCGAAUACGAUACUGACAAAGAUGAAGAUAAAUCUCGCUGGGGAGCAAGUGAAACAAGCGGAGAUGAAAUAUUCGUCAGAGUUUUGAAACUUUAUGGAAAGGUUCUUUUGGAGAAAAGUCAAGUUCCUGAAGUGAAACGUAAAAAGAAAACUGCGCUAAAAGUGGUAGAAGAACAGCUUCUGAUUCAGUACGGGAUUUCGAUGUCUGGAAAACAGAUAAGCAAGAAAGUGCAAAAUUUGAAGGCGAGAAUCAAAGAAAAGACGGAUACCAAAGCGACUGGAAACAAAAAAAUCACAUUAAAAAGUCACGAAACAGAUUUUUUUAACAUUAUGGGUGGAAUAGAAAAUCCCAGCGUGUCCAAAAGAUGUUAUGGCGUUUCAUUUGGGUCGACAACUUCACUUGCUGGUCCGUCAAUUUCUGAAGAUUCUACAUUAUAUGAUGUCGAAAACAUGGAUGAAACGGAUCCAAUUCCAAGUACUGAGGAACAUUUGAACGAUACUCUGUCGACGAAGGUAAUACAUUUUUAAGAAUUACUAUUGUGUAUCAAAUGCACACGAGGGAACGUCCAUUAAUUACAUUCCUAUAAAUCACCCAUUGUAAUCCCUCCUUCCCCAAUUCGUCCUAUGAUACUUUUUGUAUGGGUCUUUGGGAGCAUUCAAAUAUCUCUAUUCAAUAGAGAGAGGAGCGGGAUGUUGAGGGAUACAC